UACACAGCCAUGCAGAGACAACCACCAAAGUAAAGAUUCAGAGAGUGGUGACAGUUUGGUCACAAAUGAAAUCCAGGACUUGAUGAACCACAAAGUCGGGCAUGUUAUAGAGGACCACUCAGAUCACGGAUCUCAUUCAGACUCAGUUUUUGAGGAUACCGAUAAGCCACUGAGUGGAGACAGUGAUACCACCACCCCAACAUCAGAUGUCUCAGAGAGACCAUUCACUGGAGUUGCAGAAAGUAGAAAGAUUACUAUCAGCGGGUCUAAAAUGAAGAAUCCGUCUAACCCCAAGGUGGCAGAGGACAAGGAAGGAAAGACAGAGGACAGAGUGUGUCCCAGAGGAAAGGAAGUUAAAACUGCAGGAUUCAGAGCACCAAGGAGGAAAAGGAAGGGAAAGGGGGCCAAAGGGAGGGCCAGGUCUGGUGGUCGUGCACACCAGAAAGGCUCUAAACUGCAGGGUAAAGCUCCUCAACCAAGUCCCGCCACCUGUUUUACUUUAACAAAGGUGCCAAUCACAGAGGAGAACCAGUCAGAGCAAACACAACAGGCUGACAACCGUCAUGGAGUGCCAACCAAAACAAAUGAGGGGACAAAGGAAACCAGUGCAGAGACAGAAGCCCAAUCUUUGCCUGUGUGCAUUGGCCAAUCGGGCACAUCCUUACUUAACCGUUCUAAUGAGGAGGCCAGGUCACGAGAGAGUCUCGAUCAACUCAGCGGUGUUACAUCUAAAGAUCCUCCAUUGCUUAGGGAUCUGAACACAGAGCUUGUCCAGUCCGGGAAGCUGAAGCUGACAGGUACAGUGGACAGGCUGGGGCGUGCUCUGGUUGUCACAGAGACAGAUGCAUCAGAGGAGGGUUUCUGUGAGGAGGAGAUGGCUCAGGUCCUGGCUUGCUAUCACAGAAUCACUCGGCCUGCAGCCAAAGAGAAAGGUCUGACAGUGUUAAUGGACAGUAGACACUCUCCACCCUCCUCUCUCUGCCUCUCUGCACUUACAUUGUUCCAGGUGCUAGUUCCUGGCGGUCUUGGAUCAGUUCUGGUUUUGGUGGAAGAGCAGCAGGAGUCCCCUUCUCAUAAUCUUGGAGGAGCAGAGAUCCACAUAGUGCGUGGAACAGGGGUCCUUCAACAAUAUGUAGACAAGCAACAGCUUCCCAAGGAGAUGGAUGGAGAGUUCAUCCACUGCCACUCAGACUGGCUGGCCUUCAGACUAAGUCUGGAGAAUCUGACAGAGCGUUGUGAGAGUGCCCUUUCACUGCUUGGAGAAGCACUGCAGUCUAUGGAUGCAGAGCCAAUGCCAGACAAUAUCAAGGGUGUUCCUCUGAGCAUCAACAAACACAGACAGCUCAUGGUCAGCGUCCUGGCUGACCAGCGCUUAACUGAACUGCAGCAGAGGGGUGGGGCGUGGCUUGCAGGACUAACCAAUAGCGCAUCUGGACUGGCACAGAAGUCACCAGACUGCAAGGCUGCUCUUGCUGCGACCUCUAAACUCUAUGACAGUGUGGAUGAUGCCCUCCAUAAGCUUGUUCAGGUGUCCAAUCAGAGAGGUCGCAACCUGGAAGCUCUGGGACGACUAGCAGGGCUGGUGGACAAACUGAAAAAGUGUGAUAAGGAGAUUGAGCAAGUCCAGUCACAGCUGGAAGACUACAGGGACCCUCCUCUGUCCCUCAGCAGACUUUCACUCAAACAGCAGAAGUUCAAAACCUUCAGAGAAACAGCCAAUGAACUGCACAGUGAGACUCUUUCAGUGUUGAGUGAUUUGGAGGGCUGGUGCGAGCUGGACUGGGCAGGCCUGAGUGACGUCCAGAUGCGACUUCCUCCUGUGAGGGAGAAGCUGAGAGAUAUGUCCCACUGUUUGUCUGACUGCUGGACCACCCUGGAUAACACACAGAGGCUGCUGUCCACACUAACUGAGGCCACCCAAUGGUGUGAUGCAGUCUCCUCUACCUCCUCCUCCACCUCUUCUUCUUCUUCCACCUGCCCUCUCGCCUCCCUCCCUCCCAUCCCCCCAUCCCGUUUCCAAGAUGCUAGGUCCUUAGCCAUAGAGCUCGGUGGCGGGGCGCUCUUGGAUCUCUGGACCCAGACAGUAGAACGCUACCAGCGGACUGUGGCACAGGUCAAACCCCGGUUCCUCCAGUCUGACAGGACCCAGAACCAGGGCCAGGGGAAGGCCAAGACGCCUUCAGCCAGCAGCCUGUGGGAUCUGAUGGGUCCUGAGGGAGAGGGCGAUUGGGGGCUGGGAGCUGGAGGAGGAGAAGGGGGGCUGCAGUCAUGGGGAUCCUUGGCAUCGCUGUUCAGACCACAGACCUGCUCCACACUGAAGAUAGGAGAGGAGAAAGGGAACAAGAAAGAGGGAGGAGGAGGAGCAGGAGGAGCUGGGGGAGGAAAGUUCCUGCAGAAUCUCCUAAAUCCUGCAAAGAAGAAUCCCACAGAGGCCCCGCUCCCUCCUAAGCCACCCAGAAAGCGCCACCCGAGCUUUGACCUCCAGGCUCUUCUGGCUCCCCGUAGAGGCACGGCGACCACCAAAACUGCUGAAUCUCCAGUGGGUGGGGCGAGUCGCAACUCCCCCAUGUCCUGGCUGGGGCGACGGGCAUUAGUUGACCCAGUUAUCACUACCAGCAUGGCUACAACAAUCCCUGGAUGCAGUGGAGGGGUGUUGAUUCGAGGAGUGGAAGUCAGCAGCAAGGAGGUGGUGGACCACACGGGGUCACCGCGACAACACGUGCUACUGGGGAGGACUGAGAGGGAAACAAGCACAGACAAGACUGGUUCAACUGCCCAGAGUAAGCUGUACCUGCUCUGGUGCAGGAUGCUGAGCUCAGAGAGGCAGUAUGUUGCUGUGCUGAAGGGGGUAGAAGAGACAUACUUCCCCUUACUGGAGCUCUCAGAUACCCCAGCCUGUAUCAGGGGGAAAGCAGACACCAUCUUCCCCAACUGGGCCGGCCUCAGCACCUUUCACUCACAGAACCUACUCCCUGCCAUGGAGGGUGCUCUUGUGCAGAGCUUGUUGCAGCAGGACUGCUUCAGUAAAUAUCGGGAGCAGUUUCUGCAAUAUUCUCAUUACAUUAGGGCUAAACCGGACCUGGACUGUCCACUGGUCACGCAGGCUGCCGACUUCUUUAAGUCCAAACUUCCUGCAGCCUCCCCCCUUUCCCCUCUGUCCUUCCCUCACUGUCUUCAGGCUCCCAUUCAAAGACUGGAGCAGUACUGUGAGGCUCUAGAGGAAUUGGGAGGUCUAAACCCUGCCUCUGACUCCGCCCUCUCCAUCCUGAGACAUGCCCAGCAGCAAGGCGAGGACCUCAGGGCCAGCGACCUCAUCGUCGGCUGCCCGAUCCCGGUGGCAGAGCGUGGCGAGCUGGUGCGGCAGGGCGAGCUGACGUUGUGUGGGGGAAAUCGGAGGAAGCGGGUUGGCAUGAGGAAUGUCUUCCUCUACCAGAAUGUUGUCAUCUUCACCAAACCAAAGAACCCUGGCCCGGGACGCACCACCUACAGCUACAAACACAGCAUCAAGACAGGAGAGAUGGGUCUGACUCAGAGUGUCGGUGAGGAUGGACUUAAGUUUGAGAUUUGGGUCCGCCAGGCUCCUCGGACCAGAGACUGCAUCACGCUGCAAGCACAGGACAGGGAAGGCAGGGAGGCCUGGACUCAUGACAUUGCCCAUUUGCUGUGGACGCAUGCCAUCAACAACACAGAGUUAUGUCUGAAGGAAUCGCUUUGUAUGGGAGUUUCCAGUAAGCUGCUGCUGGAUGCGACGGGAACUCAAGGCUCAGAGCUGGACUCCAUCUACAGUCUCAAUGACAGAGUUCACAGCAGUUGCUCUGACUCUUCGUCUGUUGGCAGUCAGAAGGAGGGGGGAUCCCCUGCGUCUGGGAGGGACCCCAGGAGAAGCUCUGGAUUAACAGGUUACUCACAGAGUCAGUCUCCCUCUACAGCUGUGUAACAUCUCAAUAAGAAAACUGGACCCUGGACCUUUUGAAGAGUUCAUCAUCUCAUCAAGCCAAAUUGAACUUCAGGGAGCAAGAAGACAAAAGAAAGAUCCCUGGACUUUAUUUGAACUUCAGCCACAUACUUGCUCUCCUCUUCCCCUUUUUUCCCCAUUGCUCCCUUUUGCUCCUUAAAGCAAAUAAAAAGCCAGCAGAUCAGCCAGAGACAGCACUGCCCUGCUUUCCCCCGUUUUAAACCUCCCAUCUCUGAUAUGAACCCCCGAAGAAAAGCUGCAUCCAAAAUGGAUCAGAACAGCCCUGUUUAAAGCAUGACAAGCACCAGCAGGGCUCUCUAUGCUCCGCCAUUUUGGAUCUGCCAGUCUCAGUUACUGGCAGAGUCACUGACACCAAAGGCACUUCAACCACACAGUGUGGCCAUUGUCUGCCCCGCGGCUCCCCACUAGGCCAAACCACUUGGUCUGAACCACUGACUGCCUGGCUGGCUGACUGUAUGCAUCACAUGCUCCAGCAUCUGAUAAUAAACAGGAAGUAAUAUGCAAGGCAUAAAUCCACCGUAGGGAUACAGAUUUAGAAUGUAUUAUGUACUUUGUCAUUUUCAUAAUGCUAAAUGGCGUACUGUAGGCUUGUUUUCCUGCCUGUGUAAAAAUGUGCGGCAGAGGCUAGGUGUGAUUGCAUCUAUGUAAAUGAGGCAGGGGUGGUAUGAGUAUGCAGGCACACACAAUGUCCCUCAACACAUGCAGACAUUCUUAUUAUUAUAGGACAGUGGGGCACUGUUUACAUUCACAUGCUCACACACAGUCUCUGGCCAUUUUAGAGCCGUACGGUGGCUAAAUCAAUGACAGGCGAGGUUACAUCUCAACACGUAGGCUACAGUAAGCAUUGCCUUGAUGAUGGCUGGGAAUGGCUUAUGUUAUAUCCAUAUCAUACAUGCAUACGUGGUGUUUUUAUUAACAUUGGUAAGGAUAUAAAGGCAAAACAGUAUUUACUCUUCUUUAAAGUGUAACUUAUGUCAGCAACUUGAGCUUCCUGGUGCCUUAAAAUGUUAUUCAGCGUACUGAUAAGAACUAAUGAAUUUAGUUUUAUACUUUUUUAGUAUGAGAUACCAUAUUCUUUAUGCCAAAGGUAUACAAUGGGUCUCUGUGCAAUCCUGAUUUAUGUACAGUGAAGUACUGUUUGUAUUGUCAGCUUUCUUGAUUGAAGGCUCUCUCCAUAAAAUGGAGAAUGGUGGAUCUGUUUCUAUAUUCUGGUUUUACUGGUUUUGUGCUUGCAGCCAGAACACAUGAACUGCAUAUCAUUAUUCUUAAAAAGGUCAUUUAAUCAAAUCUCACUUCUAGGUUGUUUCACUACUAUAAAAAGUCUUCCUGUUUAUGAUUAUUGUGUUUCAAGAUUAGAGUGUUGUACAUGAUAAUGAUAAUCACUGUUAUUGGCCAAGUAUGUUACACACACAAGGACGACCACUCUACCUCUUAAGCCACAGCAUUUGUGAUGGUGGGGGAUUAAUAUACCCUAAAUUUUAAAGGACUGGGUUUAUCUUUCCUGACAAGAGUUUGAGGAAAAGAUUGAUACCGCUCUUAUGACGGCAUGGUAAAUAUGUAAUUAUAGAGCAAGUAGCUAUUUAGCUUAGCUCAGCAUUAGAACUGGAAACAGGAAAACAGCUAGCCUGGCGCUCACCAAAGAAUAGAAAAAACCACACAGAAGCACCUCUAAAGCUCACUAAUGAACAUAUUAUCUCACUUUCACUGGUCUGUUCUAAAACCAAAGUAUAGGAAUGACAAUCUGCAGUUUUACAUUUGGAGCCAAACUAACUGUUUCCCCUUGUGUCCAGUCUUUAUGCUAAGACAGCCAUGAGAGUGUUAUAAAUCUUCUUAUCUAACUCUCAGCAGGAAAGUGAAAGAGCAUAGCUCAUAAAUUGCGGAAUCAUUCCUUUCAGAUAUUGUCUCUCAAAACUAAUGGAACAAAAGAUAAAAAUAACUUCCACUUCUGCAGAGCAGCAACCUAUCCUCUAACACUCUGCCAGACUUACAGUACCAGUGGGUCCAUAAAUAAAAAUACAUGUCACAAUGCUGCUUUUAUUCAAACUCUCCGAACUUAGAAUUCCGGUGGAGAUCCCAUAUACAUUAUUUUAAUACUGGUUUACAAGGAAGCUUACAAAAAGAUGCACAAGAUAUCUAGAACUAGUCAUUUAUGUGAUGAUGCAGCCAAUUUCAAUGAUUUCAUACAGUGAGUAGUUCAUAUUUUAUGACAGCAAGCAAACAGCCUGUAAAACCAAUCAUCAUUCAUUCACUGGGUUUAUUGGACAGCAUGUGUAUCAAACAAGAUCACGCUUAAGGUACAAGAUGAAACCAUCAGGUAGCGAAGGCCAGCAGCAGCGGGAGGUCACACCCGUGUCUGCGGAGAGCAGCGGCACUCCGUCGCUGUUAUCAGAUUCGGCAUGUUUCAUAUCUGCAUCCAAAUUCAAAAAUUGCAAAUGGCUAUUGAGCCCUUUUUGAAUCAAUAUGUAAUUUGUUGGCUUGGAGAAACCCUGUACACUUCAUAGCCUUUAGCUGUUUGGUACAUUGUGCUAUAUUGGAAGCAAUGUAAUGAACACCAUCUUUCAUUCUUACUGCAGUAUAGACUGUCAUAUGCAGAAUCCCUCACUUUGUUAUGCCAUAGCAAGGCAGUAUUAUUGUAUAUAAUCUUUUGCCUCGCUCUUUUUCUAUGACACACUGCCUGAUGUUUACAUUUUUUGGAAGGAAUGUUACAAAUGCAUGUUAUGCUUAUAUGAUAGUUGUACUUUUUCUGUGUCGAAAUAAAAUUGGAUGGUAGU